AUGGAGACCCCGCUCAACCCCACGGACGAGUUCUUGCGCGGACUCAGCACCGGCUACGUGGUCGUGGACGCCUUUGUGUGCCUCGUGGUGUCGCUGCUACUGCAACAGCUCGUCACGUACCUGCAGGGCUCGGGCGACUCGCUGCUCAGCCGCAUGUACGCCCUGAUCUUCGGCAAGACGGAGCCCGAGGGCGUGUACCGGAUCAUCGGCAUCACGCAGCGCUUCAGCUCCGAGGGCCACAAGAUCUGGGACUACGAGCAGAAGAACCACCUGCUGCAGAAGGCCAUCUCGCUCUACCUGGCCGACGUGCUGGAUCUGACCAACAAGGACGCCAAGUACGACCUGCUCCACCGGCCGCAGAAGAAGACGAACAAGGCGCUCGCGGACGGCGAAGACGUCGGCGACGACACGAGUGAGUCCUCGUACGACUCGGACGAUGGUGAGGGCUACUGUGGCGCUGUGGACGGUCUGUGCUGGGAGGCGCUGCCCCAGGAGAACGAGUGGAUCGAGGUGGAGGAGGGCGUCCAGUUCAAGCACGAGACCGUCGAGCCCGAGGACAAGGAGGAGAAGAAGACCAAGACGCUCACGGAGACCAACGUCAACUUCAAGUUCUUCUCGACGCUGCCUGACGGAUCCGAGCGCAUCGACGCGCUCAUCAAGCGCGCCUUCAAGAACUACCAGGACAUGGAGCGCAAGCGGUACACCAAGGACACGCUCCGCUACUAUUACAUCCAAGCUGGUGGUCCUAGCAUUCUGGACAAGGACGCGCAGGUGAAGUACAAGCGGUACGCGUUGGGCGAGGAGAAGACGUUCGACAACCUCUUCUUCGAGGAGAAGGAGAACGUGGUGCAGCUGCUCGACAACUUCACCAACAAGUCGGGCAAGUUCGCGAUCAAGGGCUUCCCGUGCAAGCUCGGCCUCUUGCUGCACGGCCCACCCGGCACAGGCAAGACGAGUCUCAUCAAGGCCGUCGCCCAGCACACUCGACGCCAUAUCGUGACGAUCUCACUCGGCAAGAUCCACACGAACCAGCAGCUGCUGGACGCGCUCUUCGACAUGAAGUUCGCGGUGCAAGGAUUGGAUUCGCCAGUCGAAAUGGAUUUCGAGGACGUCGUGUUCGUCAUGGAAGACAUCGACUGUGCGUCCUCCAUCGUGAACGCCCGCAGCGACAGCGACACGAAGCCGAGCAAGGCCGACCGCAUGUUCGACAGCCAGAAGAAGGCAAUGGAGGAGGACCCCGAGGAUGGCGUGGCCGGGCUGAUGGGCCCCAUGCUCAAGCCGAAGGGUCUCGAAGACAAGCUGAGCCUGUCGGGGCUGCUCAACGUGCUGGACGGCGUCAUCGACUGUCCGGGCCGCAUCGUCAUCAUGACGACGAACCACCCCGAGAAGCUCGACCCGGCACUCGUGCGUCCUGGUCGCGUCAACAAGAAGCUGCUGCUAGGACACAUGGGCCCCAAGCAAGUGCAGCAAAUGAUCGAGUACUACUGCGACUCGAGUCUGUCCGAGGAGCAGCAAGCGCGCUUGGACGCCCUUUUCGUCGACAAGCGGACGCUGUUCACGCCUGCGGAGGUGGAAGAGUUUUGUGCUGAGUUUGACGACGUUGAUUCGAUUCUGGACGGGCUUGAGCAAGCUCGUCAAGCCCAGAGGCAGGGGGUAAUGUAA